AUGAAGACUAGCCGCCGCGGCCGAGCGCUCCUGGCCGUGGCCCUGAACCUGCUGGCGCUGCUCUUCGCCACCACCGCCUUCCUUACCACGCACUGGUGCCAGGGCACGCAGCGGGUGCCCAAGCCAGGCUGUGGCCAGGGCGGGCGCGCCAACUGCCCCAACUCGGGCGCCAACGCCACGGCCAACGGUACCGCCGCCCCCGCCGCCGCCGCCGCCGCCGCGGGGAACGGCCCCCCUGGCGGCGCGCUCUACAGCUGGGAGACCGGCGACGACCGCUUCCUCUUCAGGAAUUUCCACACCGGCAUCUGGUACUCGUGCGAGGAGGAGCUCGGCGGGCUCGGUGAAAAAUGUCGCAGCUUCAUUGACCUGGCCCCAGCGUCAGAGAAAGGAGUCCUGUGGCUGUCAGUGGUCUCUGAGGUGCUGUACAUCCUCCUGCUGGUGGUGGGCUUCAGCCUCAUGUGUCUUGAGCUCUUCCACUCAAGCAAUGUCAUCGACGGGCUCAAGCUCAAUGCCUUUGCAGCCGUCUUCACGGUGCUCUCAGGCCUCCUGGGAAUGGUGGCCCACAUGAUGUACACGCAGGUGUUCCAGGUCACCGUGAGCCUCGGCCCUGAAGACUGGAGACCCCAUUCCUGGGACUACGGGUGGUCUUUCUGCCUGGCGUGGGGCUCUUUUACCUGCUGCAUGGCAGCCUCUGUCACCACACUCAACUCCUACACCAAGACGGUCAUCGAGUUCCGGCACAAGCGCAAGGUCUUUGAGCAGGGCUACCGAGAAGAGCCGACCUUCAUAGACCCCGAGGCCAUCAAGUACUUCCGGGAGAGGAUUGAGAAGCGGGAUGGAAGCGAGGAGGAGGACUUUCACUUAGACUGUCGCCACGAGAGAUACCCCACCCGACACCAGCCACACAUGGCAGACUCCUGGCCCCGGAGCUCGGCUCACGAGGCACCAGAGCUGAACCGCCAGUGCUGGGUCCUGGGGCACUGGGUGUGACCAAGAUCCCAGUCUGGCCCUGGGACCUCAGGCCGCCGCUGGCACCACCCCCUACCACAAGACCAUCAGUCUGGUGCCUCUGGAACCCUGGCCUGUGGGAUGUGAACUCAGCAGCCUGCGUGGGAGACACCAGGCCUGUCCUGCCCACCACUGCCUGGGUCCCAGGGCCCUGGACAUGGGAGCCGGGUGGGUCUGAGGGAAGGCAUAGGUCUGCACAGUGACUCCCGGACAACAGCCACUGUUGCUUGCCACCAUCUCAUGCAGAGAUCUACCGGGUGUGGCUGCCAUGCCACGAAAGACAUGGACACUGGCCACGGAAUGCCUGGCACCCACAAGCCAGCUAGGACCCUAAGGAGGUGCCGAGAGGGGCGAAGCCUGAGGGGGACAGGGAGUGGGCUUCCAAGAAGAGGUGCAGAGGCACUGGCACUGCAGGGGGUCACACAGCAGGCACACAGCAGGGGCUCAAUAAAUGCUUGCUGAACCUG